AAAAAUUAAACAAAGAUGUCUUCAAUCCGCAUGAAGGCAGUAAAAUGCCCGUCAGACGAGCUGGCGGUCACAAACUGUGCCCUGGUUAAUCCUGAUGAUUUCCCCAGCGACACCAAGCAUAUUGAAGUAACGACUGGGCCAUCGCAACACUUCGUCUUUAGCGUCAAGUUUUACAGUGGGGUAGACCGUGGCACUGUUGGUUUCUCGGCACCACAGCGGAAAUGGGCUAUGCUUUCCAUUGGUCAGCCUCUUGAUGUCAAAAUCUUCAAGCCACAGAGUGCAGAAUGCCUAUGCAGUAUUACAGUGGAGGCGGAUUUUAUGCUCAAGAAGACCACCUCAUUGGAGCCAUAUGAUUCGGAGCAAAUGGCGCGCGACUUCACGAUCCAGUUUUCGAACCAAGUGUUUACUGUCGGCCAGCAGCUCGCAUUCUCCUUCCAGGACAAAAAGGUUUUGAGUCUUAUCGUCAAGAAUUUGGAAGCGGUGGACGUGCAAGCGAUGGCGCAGGGGGCGAAAGUGGUGCCACGGCGAGUGCGCAUGGGCCGGCUGUUGCCUGAUGCCAGCGUGCAGUUCGACAAGGCAGAGAAUUCCGCGUUGAAUCUCGUCGGCAAGGCUAAAGGGAAACAACCGCGCCAGUCGAUCAUCAACCCAGACUGGGACUUCGGCAAGAUGGGCAUUGGCGGCCUGGACAAGGAGUUCAACGCCAUCUUCCGCCGAGCAUUCGCCUCGCGAGUUUUUCCACCUGAAGUAGUAGAGCAAUUAGGCUGCAAGCACGUUAAAGGCAUUCUCUUGUACGGUCCCCCGGGCACGGGGAAGACCUUAAUGGCCCGACAAAUCGGAAAGAUGCUCAACGCGCGCGAACCCAAGAUUGUCAACGGUCCGCAGAUAUUGGACAAGUAUGUUGGCGAGAGUGAGGCCAAUAUUAGGCGAUUGUUCGCUGAUGCUGAGGAAGAGGAAAAGAGGUCCGGGCCGAACAGCGGUCUUCAUAUAAUAAUAUUCGACGAGAUAGAUGCCAUCUGCAAGGCCCGAGGUUCGGUCGGCGGCAACACAGGAGUCCACGACACCGUUGUCAACCAGCUGCUUUCGAAGAUCGACGGUGUGGACCAACUCAACAACAUCCUAGUUAUUGGAAUGACGAACCGUCGCGAUAUGAUUGACGAGGCUCUUAUGCGACCCGGUCGGCUCGAAGUGCAGAUGGAAAUCGGUCUGCCCGACGAAAAUGGUCGAGUCCAGAUCUUGAACAUUCACACAAAACGGAUGAGGGAGUAUAAAAAGAUUGCUGACGAUGUUGAUUGCAAGGAACUUGCAUCCCUUACUAAGAACUUCUCCGGCGCCGAGCUGGAAGGUUUAGUCCGCGCUGCACAGUCCACCGCCAUGAACAGACUUAUCAAGGCUUCCAGCAAGGUCGAGGUGGACCCUGAAGCUAUGGAAAAGCUCAUGGUUGAACGUGGGGACUUCUUGCAUGCCCUGGAAUAUGAUAUCAAGCCAGCGUUUGGUACAGCAGCAGAGGCAUUGGAACAUUUCCUGGCUCGAGGAGUAAUCAACUGGGGUGCUCCAGUGACUUCUCUCUUGGAAGAUGGACAGCUGUACAUUCAACAGGCUAGAGCUACUGAGGCCAGUGGGCUAGUGUCGGUCCUCCUCGAAGGUCCACCGAACAGCGGCAAAACAGCAUUAGCAGCGCAACUUGCCAAGUUGUCAGACUUCCCCUUCGUGAAAGUGUGUUCCCCUGAAGACAUGAUCGGUUUCACAGAGUCCGCGAAGUGUUUGCAGAUCAGAAAAUACUUCGACGACGCUUAUCGUUCAAGCCUGUCAUGUAUCCUAGUGGACAACAUUGAGCGUCUCCUGGACUAUGGUCCGAUCGGACCACGUUAUUCCAACUUGACAUUGCAAGCGCUACUCGUGUUGCUCAAGAAACAACCGCCUAAGGGACGAAAACUUCUCAUUCUGUGCACUAGCAGUCGAAGACAAGUGCUAGAAGACAUGGAGAUCCUGUCUGCGUUCACGGGCGUGCUCCACGUACCCAACCUAUCCUCUCCGGAACACGUGAUGGCCGUACUGGAGGAGAGUGACGCCUUCUCGAGACGUGACCUCGCCAAGAUACAGAACGACCUGCGUGGUGCCAAAAUCUUCAUCGGCAUCAAGAAACUUCUAGCGCUGGUGGACAUGGUGAAACAGACAGAUGAAGAAUCCAGAGUAUUCAAGUUCCUCACCAAGAUGCAGGAGGAGGGUGGAUUGGACCUCGGCACCACCAUACAAUAAGAGUCGCUGCAACCUUAGGGAUUGUC